GGACCAGGAGCAUAGGAGACCUUCCUAAAAACAGAGACAUCGUAUUAUCAAACAGCAGCUUGCUGAUCAAAGACAUUAAGAAAGAGGAUGGUGGAAUCUACCUCUGCAAAGCUGAGAAUAUACUUGGAAAAGUGCCUAAGCAUGCGCAGAUAAUGGUUUUAUCUUCGCUUGUAUUUACCGUAAGACCUCGAGCAUAUUUAAUACUGUUUGUAGGAAUGAAAGCUGUGAUGGAUGUCAAGCUGCUAAUGAACUAGAGUUAGUUUGGAUGAAAGACAACAAACCGCUAGGUGGUUCUGUCAUCGUCAAUUCCAAUGGAACUCUGCCCAUUAAUAGAGCUAGUACUCAAGAUAGUGGGUAAUUAUGCAUGCAUCGUUAGAAACUUCCAUCGAUCCACUAGAACAACAACUCAAUUACUAGUCAGGUAUAAUGCCAAGUCUUGUAGUGAACUUAAGAAGUUACCAAAUUUACCAUCAGGAAAUUAUGUCAUAGAUCCCGAUGGCCAAUCAGGACAGUCUCCAUUCACUGUGUAUUGUGACAUGACRGARAAGGGAGGWGUGGGAGUAACUGUUGUCAGUCAUGYUAGCGAGGSUAGGACUCUUGUAGAUGYUUAUGAAUCGGCAGGUUCUUAUAGUAAAGAUGUUCGUUACAAUGGUGCARCGAUGGCUCAGUUGGCAAAGCUGACUCAAAUAUCAACAAACUGUGAACAGUUCACUAAAUUUGAGUGUAAAGAUGAUGUCUURUUUKUUGAUCAUGGCAUAGGUUGGUGGGUAUCACGUGACGGUGUUCGUCAGAACUACUGGGGCGGAGCAACARCAGGGAGUAAGAAGUGCGCAUGCGGUAUGACCAACUCGUGUUCACACAGCAAUGGUGGUUGUAAUUGUGGUAGUAGCGGUAGUGGCUGYCGUAGCGACAGCGGUGUGUUAACUGACAAAACAACUCUUCCUGUAUCACAAUUACGAUUUGGUGACACUGGUGACAGUAACGAACAAGCCUAUCACACACUUGGUAAACUGAGAUGCUACGGAUAACAAAAACUAAACUUUCACUAUUUUUACCGGUGUAAGCGUGUAUUGAUAACAUUAGUCUAAUAUUACGCUCUAUCAAAGAGGCAUUUAUUAUUGACUA